AUGUUGCAGUCAGUGGGUAAAUAUUGGGAGGCAAUGGAAUAUUACGACCAAGCACUUAUGGAUGCAAUAGCUGGUGGUGAUCCGGAUAUGGAAACAACAGUUUAUACACAGAUGGCAAAUACCUUGCAUUCUCUCGGUAAACAUCAGGAGGCAAUGGUAUGUCAUGAACAGGCACUUAUGGCCGCAGUAACUACCGGCGACGUGGAUAGAGAAGCGGCGGUGUACACAAACAUUGGAAAUUCGCUUCGUGGUUGGGACAAACAUGGACAGGCUAUAGACUGUUACGAGGAAUCACGUCUCAUUGCGGCAACAAGUGGUAAUCAAGGUCUAGAAGCAGACUGCAGCACAAACAUUGCAAAUGCAUUACAAGGCCUUGGCAAAUAUGAAGAUUCAAUUGGAUGUCAUGAGGACGCACGAAUGGUUGCGGUACUAAGUGGCGACAGAAACAGAGAGGCAGCUAGUAACACAAACGUAGCAGAAACGUUACAUUGCCUUGAUGAACAUCGAUUAGCAUUGGAUUAUCACGAUGAAGCACUUUUCAUUGCUAAAGAAAUUGGAGACAGGAAAGGGGAAUCAGCCAGUUACGGAAACGUGGGAACUACGUUGCAAUUCCUUGGCGAAAACAGAAAGGCUUUAGAAUGUCAUGCAGAAGCACUAACAAUCACCCAGGAGAUCGGUGACAAGGAAAGAGAGGCAGCAAGCUUCAGAAACCUUGGAUCUACGUGGCAGUGCCUUGGCAGCAACGUAAAAGCAAGAGAAUGUCACAUGAAGGCACUUGCCAUCUCAAAGGAAACUGGUGACAGACAAGGAGAAGCUGCAAGUUAUGGAAACUUGGGAGCUGUGUUUGAGCCCCUGGGCGAAUAUUCAAAGGCUGAAGAAUGUCACGAGAGAGCUAUUCAACUGAGUAAGAAAAAUCCACUGGAAGCUCUCCACAUUGUAGAAAUGGCCAGAGCCAGGUCUUUGGCACAUUUAAUGGCCAUUCAGUACUUUGGAAAACAGUUCCUAGUCACUCCAAAGUCAAUGCUUGGAAUUGAACGUAUAAUGAACAAGGAACCGAGCUGUGUUUGUUUAUACAUUUCUUAUGUCAAGCAAGAUAUGUCCUUCUGGAUUCUGAAGACAAGUGGAGUCAAAUAUCGAACGAUAAACGUGUGUAAAGACUUUGAUAGAGUUGGGGCAAUACGAAAUUUCAGUGAAUUUUUUGCCAAGUUUAGAAGAUUUUCCGUGCCCCCUUUGAAGAAUUGCGAAGAUCGAUCUUUAAGUCCCGUGUUUGAGAGGCGACCAACAGCUCAUUCGUCGCUGAACACAGUUCAGGAUAAAGUUGCUGCCUUGCGCCUUGGAGAAUCUGACGAAAACGAAAAAUCAGAACCCGAACAGGACCUUAAGUAUAGUCAAGGUUACAAAAUGAUCAUCUCUCCCGUGGCUGAUUUGCUCCAUGAACCCGAAAUAAUCAUUGUCCCAGAUCGCUGCUUGUUCAACGUUCCAUUCGCUGCAUUAAAAGAUGAAAAUGGAAGGUAUUUAUCAGAGACCUACCGGAUCCGCAUCGCUCCUUCGUUGACUACCCUGAAGCUUAUUCAGGACAGCCCAGUGAGCUAUCACAGUCGUUCUGGUGCAUUGAUAGUUGGCGACCCUCAAGUAGGAGAUGUGGUCUACCAAGGGCGCAUUGUGAGCCUAACGCCAUUACCUUCUGCAAGAAGAGAAGCAGAAAGUAUUGGAAGACUGCUGGGUGUCCAGCCUUUACUGGGAGAACACGCAACUAAGCGGGCUGUGCUUCAAAGGAUACAUUCAGUAAGUCUGAUCCAUUUCGCAGCUCAUGGAGAUGCUGAAAGAGGAGAAAUUGCCCUUGCUCCCGAGCGCUCCUCGAAUGGGAUUCCGCAACAACAAGAUUACUUACUGACACUGUCUGACAUUUCAAAAGUUCGCCUACAAGCCAAGUUGGUGGUUCUGAGCUGCUGUCACAGUGCACGUGGAGAUGUCAGAGUUGAGGGAGUUGUUGGAAUCGCUCGUGCAUUCUUGGCGUCCGGUGCGCGCUCAGUGUUGGUGGCAUUGUGGGCUAUCGAAGACGAAGCAACCGAGCAGUUUAUGAAUCGCUUUUACGCUUGCCUUGCCCGCGGAAGAAGCGCAAGUGAAGCUCUUCACCAGACAAUGAAAUGGAUGAGAGUUAAUGGCUUUCCGGAAGUUGGUCAAUGGGCCCCCUUUCUGUUAAUUGGGGACAACGUGAAACUUUUCUCGUGA